AUGAAGCGUAUUGAGAAGGGACCCGUGCGUGGUAUUUCCAUCAAGCUCCAAGAAGAGGAACGUGAGAGGAGAGACAACUACAUGCCCGAGAUCUCUGCUGUCGAUGCUUCCGUGAUCGGCCAACUUAAAGUUGAUCCUGACACGAAACACAUGUUGGAAUCAAUGAGCAGUGAAGAAAAGUGCUGCUCAUAG